AUGCCUUCUGCAACAUACUCCUACACCGCUCAGCCUACUGCUCCUUGGGCUGUCUCGACAAAGACAUCUGCAUACACGGCUGCGUCCCAACCUUACCAGCCAUCCCCCGUCUAUGGCCAGCUAUACCAACCUCCACCCUCGCGGUCAGAAAGUAUCACAACAGGNGGAAGCUCAUACUCGAUCCCGAGCAGAGCUCCAUCCGUGAGCUCAUACUCUGGCAGUGAGAGCAAUAGUCCAGUCGACGCACUUAGCUACAUGGGCGACCGACUUAACAGAGCGAUGGACUUUACCCCUCUGGACCGUAGCCUAGCAACGCAAGCACAGAGAUCAGGCGAACUCAAUGCCAAAACUCGUGAGUUGCAAGCUCUACAGGCAUUGGCACAGUCUCGACUCAAGUCUGCCAGAAGAAACUUUGCCGAUGGCAUCCAAGCUGCUAGAGAUGUCCAGAGAGAUCUCGAAUGGACCCAAGGGAGAGUUGGGUGA